GCGGCUGCUCGCUAGGGCUGGGCGCGCCUCCAGUGGGUCCACGCCCGCUGAGCCCACGCUGGCCGGGACCAGGGCGCCCGCGCUUUUGGGGCCGGGCUCAGCAGUAAGCUCACCGUCUUUGUGUCUUUUCUCCCUCCCCCUCUGCCCCGCCCGCCGCCUCUGGCUGCCGCGAUGCCGCUGCUCCUCGUUGCCGCCGCCGCCGCCGCCUCGCUCCUCCCGCGGCGCGCUUUUCGCUGCGGCGGUGGCGGCGGCCCGUAUCCGAUGCGGGCCUGAAGGAAGAAGAAGAGAAAGCGAGGCACGUCCCCCAGUCCAUGCCGCAGCCACGGCCGCGAACCCGCAACGGCGCCCGUGCCGCCGCCCUCGCCGGAGCCCACGAGACCUGCAUGGACUGGAAUGGGCUUGAGAGCAGCACCUUCCUGCGCCGCCGCCGCCUCCGCCGCUGCCGCCGGGGCUGAGCAGCGCCACCGCCCCCCGCUCUGCCCGCCGCCCCUGACGUUGCUGCUGCUCCUGCUCAGCCUCGGGCUGCUCCACACAGGUGACUGCCAACAGCCGGCCCAAUGUCGAAUCCAGAAAUGUACCACGGACUUUGUGUCCCUGACUUCACACCUGAACUCUGCCAUUGACGGCUUUGACUCUGAGUUUUGCAAGGCUCUGCGUGCCUAUGCUGGCUGUACCCAGCGAACUUCAAAAGCCUGCCGUGGUAACCUGGUGUACCAUUCUGCCGUGUUGGGGAUCAGUGACCUCAUGAGCCAGAGGAAUUGUUCUAAGGAUGGACCUACAUCUUCUACCAACCCCGAAGUGACCCAUGACCCUUGUAACUAUCACAGCCACUCAGGCGCCAGAGAACACAGGGGAGGGGACCUGAACCCUCCCAGUUACCUUUUUUGUGGCUUGUUCGGAGAUCCUCACCUUAGAACUUUCAAGGAUCACUUUCAGACGUGCAAAGUGGAAGGAGCUUGGCCACUCAUUGAUAAUAAUUACCUUUCCGUUCAAGUGACGAAUGUGCCCGUGGUCCCUGGAUCCAGUGCCACUGCUACAAAUAAGAUAACCAUCAUCUUCAAAGCUCACCGCGAGUGCACAGAUCAGAAAGUAUACCAAGCUGUGACAGAUGACCUGCCAGCCGCCUUUGUGGAUGGCAGCACCAGCGGCGGGGAUGGCGACACCAAGAGCCUGCUUAUCGUGGAGAGGGAGAGCGGCCGCUACGUGGAGAUGCACGCCCGCUACAUAGGGACCACGGUAUUCGUGCGGCAGCUGGGUCGCUACCUGACCCUCGCCAUCCGCAUGCCCGAAGAGCUGGCCAUGUCCUACGAGGAAAGCCAGGACCUGCAGCUGUGUGUGAACGGCUGCCCCCUGAGCGAGCGCAUUGAUGACGGGCAGGGCCAGGUGUCCGCCAUCCUGGGGCACAGCGCGCCUCGCACCUCGCCGGCGCGGGCCUGGCCUGGCUACACACUGGAGGCCGCCAACGCCCAGUGCCACGAGAAGAUGCCAGUGAAGGACAUCUAUUUCCAGUCCUGUGUCUUCGACCUGCUCACCACUGGGGACGCCAACUUCACUGCCGCCGCCCACAGUGCCUUGGAGGACGUGGAGGUGCUGCACCCGAGGAAGGAACGCUGGCACAUCUUCCCGAGCAGCAGCCAGGGGGCGCCCCGUGGAGGCGGUCAUUGGUCUGUCCAUCUGGGACUCACGUGCUUGAUCUUUGUUGUGUUUUUGUAGGGGUUGUCUUUUGUUUUAUUUUUUGUCUAUAAUAGAAUUUUAAAAUAUAUAUUGUCAUAAUAUAUUGAGGAAAAGAGUAUAUAUGUAUAUACCAUGUAUAUGACGGGAUGUUUGUCCUGGGGCACCGCCAGACUGUACAUAACGUGCGUGACUGUUUUCAUGUAUGUUGGAUGUAGUGUUCUCGGACCGUAUUGAUUUUGUUUUGCAGUUUUGUGAAAUAUUUUAUAAUGUCCCUGCUGGGGGACCUGUUAGAAAGCACUUUAUUUUUUAUAUAUUAAAUAUUUAUGUGUGUACCUGGUUAGUACGUAUAGUACAUAUACACAGACACCAUCGCAGCGUCCCCGCCCAAGAGGACCCGUGACGGUGCUCGUAGCUGUUCCUGGCUGUCCACCCCUGCCCUUUCGCUUUGCUACUGAUCUGUCACAGUGGGCGCGCAGCUCUCACUUGCCUCCUGCUGGUGGAGCUGCGUCCUUCCUUUGAGCGAGGAGGUCCGCGCCCACCUCUGGCCUCACUCCGUGUUGGAAGGACGGCACACUCCCCCUGACAGGCACUUUGGCUCUUGUGAAACACAUCUCUAGGAAGCCCUCCCCCUCCUUCACAGCUGUCACUUUUUCGAAGGGCAGGGAGUGUAUCCCUACAGUUUUCAUUAAUCAGGAUUGUCCUGUCUGAGCACUUAGGGUCUGUGAGGUUGAGCCAGAUGAAACUGCUGUUUCUAUAGGUCAGAAGGGGCUGGUGAUGGCAAUGUCGUGGAUGAAUACCAGGCAUUGUGCUGGAUGCCAGUAGCUCUCAGACUUUUCCUCCUGUAUAAACCAUAUCACCCUCGCUCUUCUCUGUAUCAUUUGUGCAAGCCCAACUCCUGAGCCGCCUUUCCUUGGCUGCUUAUGCCCAGAAACACACUGCUCCCUGUCUCCACCCCCAGUAACCCCUCCUCAGCCUCACCUGACGAACCCAGAGACUAGGGUUUGUUCGAUCCUCUCUUCAUACCGAGGCCCAGAUGCCAUCACAGAGCGUGUCACUCUUGCUUGCCAUCCACACCGUGGCCCUCACGGUUGCUGGCGCUGACGUGUCUAUAUGCAUGAUGGAAUGAAUAGGGUGUUAAAUGACAGGAAAGCUUUCCGGGCCUGAGCCAAUAUGCAGCUGAAUGGGUGCUGGGUAGCCCAGACCUUCUCACUGCACAACGUUGCUCCCCAGGUGGUCUCUCUCUAAUUAGAUAUUUUCCCUUUUUAACAUCCAUAGUGAUUAUUAUUUAGUGAGUUGCUCAUAUAACUUGGUAAAAUUCCUAUCAGGUAAAAUAUCUCCUUCCAUUUCACCUGUUGGCACACCCUUGCAAAAGGAAAGCACCACCCACAAAACACAAGAACAAUGAGGAAGUGAGUUCUAGGGCAGGUGGAUUUCUAUUGUAUCUGUGUAAAUGUUUGAUUCCAAGGAGAAACAAUACAAUUUGUACCUUACCUUACUCAGAUCUACAUAAGUGCACAAAGAAAUAACCACAACAGUUUGUAUCCAACUUGUGCUGAGUUUUAGAUGGCCAGGUAAUUUCUGCCUUUUGCCAUGCCCCCAUCAAUUAGGGUCACUGCCAGAGGUCCAAACCGGCAGGAAAGGAUUUUGUUUUGUGAAAUUCUAUUUCUUAGUGAACUGAUCUGUCAUCCAAUCACAGCAUGGAGCUGUGGGUUCAUCUGGAGGUGGGAAAUGACUCUCUUUCUGAUCUAGGAGAGAAUCUUCUUGGGAAGUCUGGGAGAAUCACAAAGGCAUCCUACUUCUUACUUGGUAAAGAUGCAACACCAGAGAAGUGCAACUGAACUUGUUACCCUUCUCUAAAGAUGCACGGGGCCUACGUACCAUGAGCUCUGAACUGUGGCUGUUUCUGUUACCAUGUGCCAGUUCAGAAGCUAUAGUUAGCUAGUAAUUUUGUUAGGUAAUUGAGUAGAACAAAGGAGGAAAACUAUUUAGAGUAUUUAUAACCACUAUUCUUGUGCAGCUUAAGAGUGAAAAGGAAUAGAAGUUUCUACCGUGUCUGGCUUUAGAGUGUAUAUGGUUAAUAUUACUUUUGUCCUCUUCAGGGAAAGCAAAACCACCACCUCUACUAAUAGCAACAAAUUUCUGUUCCUUUGCCAUAUCCUAGCUGGGAAGGAUGCUUCUGAGCAUUCUGUUUCACUAGUAUUCGUACCAGUGCGCCUGGCUAUUCUCCCUUUCUUUAUAAUCAGUGUCCUCGUACAUUUACAGCCCCCACAGACGACUAAGAAAUACAGAUCCUUCUCUAGAGAAGGGCCAGGCUAUUUUCCGUUUCUUUUCUAGGACUUUUAGGGAAGAUAGUACUUGUACAUUUUGGUUCUUGAAAUCCUCUUUAACCAAGAGUUUCAGGUGAUCCCACCACAUGGAUAGGCUGUAGCUAUUCAGAGGUUUCCUGGGGGAGCUUAAAACUUGGGGGGAAACACUGAUUUUCACAGAUGCUCCACGUGGCUGUCUUUAAAAGACUCAAAACAUUUUUUUCUCCUUUUCUUCUCUUUGUUAAUGCUUGGAAAUUCCCACAGUGUGUCGAGUCUUUGCAAAGAAACCUUUAGAUGUGGUUCAUAGGUAUAUGAAUAAGUAUCUGUGUAAAACAGUGAGUGUGCAGUGUGUAAAUACUUUAAAUUAUUAUGCUAGAAAAAUAAAGUUACAUACCCUGCU